UUUAGUACCGACAGAUAUGGCGAAGUUCGUGAGAUCAUCAAAAUUUCGGCAUGUGUUCGGCACAGCAGCGAAAAAAGACAAGUGCUACGAAGGAUUUCAAGUUUCAGGAAAUUCCGUCGAUUCGGCAUACUGUGCGGUUAACCCUAAGUUUCUUGCCAUCAUUUUAAAGGCUGCUGGUGGCGGUGCCUUCCUUGUACUGCGACAUGACGAGGUAGGCUUUCAAUUUUAUGAGCAAGCGGACUAUUUCCUCCCAAGUGGUGUUGUAGUGUUUGCACCGGAAAACUCUGAUUUUUUUCCUUCCCUGUAAUGUGCAGAUGCAAAUUUCGUUGUAUUUGCUGUUCGUUGAGCUUAUGUUAUGCUGAGAAGCGUUGAAACUGAAAAUUUCAGCCUCCAUUAGAAAAUCUGGGUGACGAGGAAGUGAGGAAGUAAGGAGGGCCCUUAUAAAUGCAGCAAGCUGAAUAUUUCAAAAUAUAGCUAUUUCACGAGGAUGUGAAUUAUAAAAUAUUCAGAACCUGCUACAUUAUGCAUUUAGGAAUGCUCUACAGAAAAUUAAAACUGAAGGUAUCCUCUUCCUUCCUGGAUCAAGUCUCCUUCUGCCCUUUAUAUUCCUGUAACCCCAUAACUAGCCCCCCUUCUGUCUCUUGUUGUUACAUGUAUGUGUAGUUUCAGGACUGACUCACCUGUAAGUUAACACACAUCAUUUAGGCUUCCUGUUUCUUUGUGCUGUUAAUUUCCACAUUCAAAUAAUUGAAGCCCAAUUAAUCUCAACAGAACUAAACAGAACUUAAUUAAAAAAAGAAAAAAAAACUAUUAAACUUAUUGUGCUUCAACUCUGUUAGUGAGAAGGCAACUUGCUCAUGUGGAUGUAUAAUGAACAUGGCCUUAAGCCUUUAACUCCCAAGAUCUGAUUGUUAAUUCUCCCCUGUAGCUGCUACACAUUUCCUUGUAAAUUAGUUAUGACAACUUGGUGCUAGAUCAAGAUAGCAGCUUCUACCUGAUGAGUUUGAAUAUUCUCAUUGCCUGUUUGCUGAAGAAUGUAUGGAUAUUGUAGGGAGAAGUUUUAUGUUAAUCACUUCUGGGAUUUAAAGAGUUAAUAGUUUAAUUUGAUAUUCUUGAUUGUAAAACCUAACAUCAGUAUGUAUAUUCUCUACAUUGUUCCUCAUAUGAUCCCUCAGGUGCUGAUAGGAAAAAAUUUGUUUGACAAUCAAGAGCUUCUUUUGUUGGUGAUCAUUUCCUUUAUUCUUGUAACCCUGAUAUGUGAAUCAGGGGUGAUAUUGUUUUUAAUGUUUUUUAAUUGGAGGAGAUAAUGUCAUGUGACUUAGAUGAAACCUCACCAACCCUUAUGAUUACUAAAACUCAUUAACUCCCUUGGAAAUAACAACUUGACCUUUGACUCAAUUCAAUCUUUAGAACUAGAGCAAAUUUUUGUGAAAGCUAUUGUGAAGUGAAUUUUUUCUUCCAGUCAUGGCAGCCAAACAGUUUUUGUUUACUACCCUUGUAAGAAAUUCUACAUGACUGCCCAACCCCUUUUGGGGAAAAUUAAGAGACUAGGGUAAGAAAAAUGCAUUUUUUUACCCUUAGGGGCCAUUCAUAAAGUGCUUAUUGAUAUCUCUGUUGGACUUUAGGAGAUAAUUAAUAACGGUUAUGAUUGCAGUUGUUAUUACAUUCACAUUUUGCACUAUUAGGUGGGGCGCUUGGAUCCUGAACAUGGCCGGGUGGUGGGCCAUAAACAAGAUGUGUUGGAUGUUGCCUGGAAUCCUUUUGAUGACAAUAUGGUCGCUUCAUCAUCAGAAGAUACCACUGUUAAAAUCUGGGAAAUUAAGGAUGAGGGCCUUGGUAAAGUAGAUAUGUGCGAACCCUUAUUAAGCCUGGAAGGAUCUUCUCAUCAAAGAAAAGUGCAUCAGAUCCUGUGGCAUCCUGUGGCAUCCAAUAUCCUUCUUAGUGCCAGCUUUGACCCCAUGAUUGUUAUCUGGAACUUGGAUAGUGGAGAAGCUGCCAUAGAAAUUGACUGUCACCCAGAUCUAAUUCAAUCUGUCUCAUGGAACAGCAAUGGGAGCAGAAUUGUCACUUCUUGUAAGGACAAGAAGAUAAGAAUCAUUGAUGUGCGAAAAAAUAAAGUUGUUUGUGUGAGUAUGAUUUAGCCUAUUCUGCCAUUUGAACUAUACUUACAGUGAUAUAAAAUAAUUUUGAAGUUCUUUCAUAACCAUACAAGUGGUGUCACAAGCAUUUUUUUGUACAAAUUGGCAAAGACUUCACUUAACUUUUUAAGGUGCUUUUAAAUAUGAUUUAGACAAAUACAUUUUAAAGGGUAAUCUUUUUCAUAUAGUUUUUCUUGUCAUGAUAUAACAUCAUGUCUUGACAUGUAGAGAUGAAAUUCUAUCCCAUUAAAUUCCAGUUUAGCUUGAAAGCAUGAUUGAGUACAUUAAGGGUGACAUAGGUUUUAUAUGUGACGUGUGAUUAAGGCCAAAUAGUAUGUGAUGCAUGAAUCUUACAGAAAGGUGCAUGAUUUAUCCUCAAGAUUACCCUGAAACUUAACACACAUCUGGAGAAAUUUUAAGUUUUCCCAUUUGGGGCAGGGCUUGUUGGAUUAAAAACAGUCUGUGACAGAGGUAUAUCAUGCAAAAUGUUGUCUUUUUAUUGUUUGUAGGAACAAGCAGGCCAUGAGGGAGCCAAGCCUCAGAGAGUGGCAUUUUGCAGUGAAUUGAAUUACAUUUUCUCUGUUGGAUUUUCAAAGAUGAGUGCAAGGCAGUAUGCAGUUUGGAAAGCGGUUAGUGUGGGUUUCAUUUUAAAGAACACCAUUUAGAUUCCUUUGGAUGUGAAUCAAAGUGAUUUGAAGCCCUGCAAAAUGAGUUCCACCAGAAUUGUUAAUCCUUUACACCCUAACAUCAGUAUGCAAGUUUUCCCUGCAGGCCUCCAUGCAUUUCCUAUGGUAUUUACAGGUUAGGAAAAUUUGUCUAAAUAUCAAGAGUAACUCAAAUUUGCUUGACUUGAAAAUUUGUCAUAAAACCCACUCAAAAUGUUCUUGUCCCCCUCAGGAUACUCUGGAAAAUCUGGCCUUAGAGGAAAUUGACCAGUCCAAUUCCGUGCCAUUUAUACAUUAUGACCCUGACACGUUGAUGAUUUAUUUGGCUGGCAAGGUAAGAUCAUGCUUGAGGCAUCUUUCUUUUUUUUUUUUUUUUUCUUUUUUUUUUUUUUGGGGGUUGGUUGUGGAUCAUGGAGGGCAGAUGGAACAAAUUUUGUGAGUCCUCAGCAAGUCAUAAAGUAGCCAGGUAAUUUCUGCUUGUUUUCACCUGAAUAGGGAGUUAGAAAUUUAACAGCAAUUGAUGAAACCACCGAAAGCCUUUUUUAUGUUAUACUGGAUCAGUCUGUUAUGGUUUACACCAAACAUAUUGAUGUACACAGAGGGCUCUAAGCCAUCAGUGUCUUGGUUACCAUGGUGUUUGGUUACUGAAAAAUAAAAACCCUUGUAUGAGGGUUGUUUAUGAUAGCAAAAACAGGGUCAUAGAAAGCGGUAUGGUUUGGCAAGAUGUGGACUGAAGAAGAAAGGAGGGACAGUUAAAUGAUGAAAUGCUUAUUGACUGACCUCUUGGGCCAGAGGGGUAAAUAUAUUUGGUUCUUGGUCAUUGUGCACAGACCUCUCUAUGCUUAGUCCAUACAUAAUAGCCUUGGGCCAUAAUUUUUCCUGUCCUGCCCUCCCACUUAGCAGUAGUCAAUAAUCACACAUUAUUUGUCAUAUUUGCUUUGUUAACAGGGAGACAGCAUCAUCAGGUACUAUGAACUGGACAAGGAACACCCACACUGCCAUUGGUUGACCAAUUACAGCUCCAAUGUACCUCAGCGAGGUGUCUGCUACAUGCCAAAACGUGGUUGUGAUGUCACUUCCAAUGAAGUUGCGAAGUGCUACAAGCUUGUUGCUAAAGGAUAUUGUGAACCAGUCAGUUUUACAGUUCCAAGGAAGGUAUAUAAUAGUCCCUUGAGACAUGUUAUUUUGAAUUCUAAAUCUUUUUGUUUCAGGAUUUGUUAAGUUUGAAAAAUCUGGAAAGUGAUGAAAUUCUGUGGUACAAUUUUCAAGGGCUAGAAAGUUGUGGAAAAUGACUGAAAAUAGUUUCAAACGAGAAAAGUAGGUAGUACCUUGAUUAAGUGGUUGUUUUUAAAUUGUUUCAAGGUUAAUUUCUCAAUCAUAAGUCUUCAGAAAUAUCAAAGAGAAUCCUAGAGAUGGUCAUGGCUAGGUGAGGAAAGAGUACACAUACAGAUUCAUUAAUGCAUCAGCAAAGUCAUUUUUGCUUUAAGGUAAACUGACAUUUCAAUAACCUCUUUCAGUCAGAACUUUUUCAAGGGGACCUGUUUCCAGACACACAAGGCGAUGAGCCGUCUCUUUUAGCUUCAGAGUGGUUUGAAGGAAAAGAUGCGGAACCCAAAAAGGUUUCCUUGAAUCCAGGAGAUGGUGGAGGUGCAAAGGGUGCUAACAAACCCAAAAAGGGUUUGAGGGGGCUUGGUAAGAUGGCCCCAAAGAAAAAAGAAGCAAAAGCUGAUGAUGAUGAAGUAGUAAGUAGUUAAAGAGUUGCCAUUUUACAACUGUGCCUUGUUGAAAUUAUUACAUGCUGCUUGAUGGUAUAAAUUGGGACAACUACAAAGCUAAAAUAGUCAGUCAGUUGCAUUUGUCUGUAGAAUAAGUUCAGAAAGCUCCAAAGGGCUCCUGUGAGUUGAAGUUUUUUGCAUAUAGGCUUAAAGAUCUACAUGUUGCUUAGAAGAAUACAAAGGCAGUGUGCAGAAGGGAUAACAAGUAGUUGCUUUUCAUGUGCUUUCCACAUGGAAAAUUUCCCAGGCACAUAAAAUUUUCAUGUAGAAUGUGUGGAAACCAGUGAAGGGCUUCUAACUGAAUGAACAUCAGAGCAUAUCUUUAUACAAAAUUUAGUGAUUACUGUUUCUCCAUAAAGAGGGAGUUAACCUGUACUCAUGACUCUACUCCAUACACCUCUCCAGCUACUCUUUUGUCCUAUAAUAAUUUUUUGAAUAUUACUUGAUUUCCAGGAGUUGGUUGAGACAGUCAAGCAGCUUAAACUCAAGGUGGAGGAGCAAGAGAAGCGAAUCAAAGCUCUGGAGGACAAAGU